AUGCCGAACCAUAUGUCGCACGUCGAAAAGCCCUCUUUCAUGUGGCACCUGCGGUCGUGGGAGGAGAUGAAAGCAACCUCACGGUUCACGCUCGCAAAUUAUAUGAACGUUAUUCUUCUCAUUGUCUUCCUUUACGUCGCCAUCAGACAAGCAAGGUCUAAACAGCAAGCAGCAGCAAAGACCGGCCAUGACCGACGGUAUAUCAAAGCCCCUGACUUUCCUCCCGUCGAGGAACAGCCGGGCUUCGACUGGAAAACAACGGAACCACUACAAUCUCGCCCGUUCAAGCCUAAAUAUCACUUGACAAUGGCCCUUGAGAACCUGGAGCCGUCGGAGCUGCUGGUGAUCGACAAGACGUAUGAGGACCGCAUCGCCUAUCGCCGCCGCAUCAUGGCCGAGCACGGCAAGCACGUCAUCAACGUUCACGACGACCAGCGCAUUCGUCCAGCCGUCGUUGAGCUGUACCAGUUCCUCCUCGGUACUUACCUCCCGCUGCGCUUUCCGACCCUUUUCAAGCUGCAUGAGACCGAGUACGAGCAGGGCAAGACCUUCAUGCUAGAGAACCUUGCCACAAAGGCAUUGUUUCCUGCGAAAGCGACGGCCCAGAUAUCCACGGAAUGGUUGCUUGAGACGCUUGGCCGAACGGUCGACGAAGAUUUUCUGUUCCUCCUACCCGAAGAGGAUAGUGAAGAUCCGAAGUACGUGCUCGAGGCGUACGUGACAGUGUGUCCGUCGGGGUUUGAUCCAGCCGAGAAAAUCGGCAAGCGCCUCGCAGCCAUCCACAAACCUGUGCCAGGGUAUAGCGCGAAGCUGGAGGGCAGCAUGGACCGUUUCUUCUCCAAGGUUGAAGUCGGCAAGUAUGUCAAGCGGGUGAACUGGUCCAUCACGACGAACACCGAACUCUACGCAGCAGCCGCGGGCACAACGCAUGCACACGAGGGCGAUAUGGUUGAAGAACUGGACCACAUCGAUGUCGACAAGACCUUCGUCCGCUCUGAGCGCCAGACCCUGCAUCGUCUGCCCAAGUCGAAGGCCCUUGUCUUCGCCUUCCACACGUAUCUAUAUCCCAUCAAGCAGAUCAAGGAGGAGGGCGGCGGCGAGGAACUGGCCGCUGCCAUUGACGGCCUCAAACUGGGGAAUGUCCCGCAGAUGCACUUCUACAAGAGAGGCGCUGUCUGGGGCGAGGCCGUCAAGAAAUAUCUGAGGAGCUAA